AUGUCAACCGACCCCGCCGUCGCGCGAGAGCUUUCCCGGCUUGACCCGGCCAUCCCCUUUCGGGCCUCCACGAAGCAUCUACACUUUACAUGGGCAAAGACCUUCUACUCGCGACCGGAGCUCUAUAUCCAGCCGCAGAGCAUUGAGGAAAUCCAAAAGGCCGUCACCGUAGCGCGCCGAUGUCGACGGAGAUUGGUGACGGUCGGCAGUGGCCAUUCGCCGUCCGACUUGACGUGCACUUCCGCUUGGCUGAUCAACCUUGACAAUUUCAAUCGUGUCCUGAGCGUGUCGCGAGAUACCGGUCUUAUCACGGUGGAAGCAGGCAUUAGACUGUGCGAUCUUGGUCGGGAGUUACACAAGAAUGGCCUUUCCCUGCCCAAUCUCGGUAGUAUCGAUAGCCAGUCGAUCGCCGGUGUGAUCGCAACAGGUACCCAUGGCAGUUCUUCACGCCAUGGUUUGCUCUCUGAGUGUAUUCGAGGUCUAUCGGUGACUCUGGCCAAUGGACAAACAGUGCGAUGCAGUGCGACCAACAAUCCAGAGCUGUUUCGCGCUGCCCUGGUGUCACUCGGCGCGCUUGGCAUUGUCACCGAGGUGACCUUACAAGCUGUCCCUGCUUUUCGCAUUGAAUGGGAACAGUCGCUACAUCCCCUGUCGGAGCUCCUCGAUCGGUGGGACGGUGACCUCUGGACGUCUCACGAGUUCGUUCGCGCGUGGUGGUUGCCUUACAUGGACCGCGCUAUAAUCUGGCGCGCAACCAAGACUGACUCCCCUGUGCAACCGCCGCCAAAGUCCUGGUAUGGUGGAUGGUUAGGCUACCACGUAUACCACAACUUACUUGCCUUGUCGAAUUGGGUUCCGCGCAUUCUCCCUUGGGUCGAAUGGUUUGUGUUUGGUAUGCAAUACGGCUUUAAGCCUGGUGUGGUAGUCACCAAGGCUGUUGAGCCAGGACGAGAAGGGCUGCUUAUGGAUUGUCUGUACUCACAAUUUGUGAACGAGUGGGCGCUGCCUUUGGAGAAAGGCCCCGAAGCGAUUACUCGUCUUUCAGCUUGGAUUCACGGUGAUCAGGAAACUGCGCGCAUUCCAUUCAGUCCCAAAGGCGUUUGGGUACACUGUCCUGUCGAAGUUCGGGUAUCUGACACUACGCUUUCGUCUACUCCACGUCCGUACCUCGACCCGACUUCCCGCGAGGGACCAACACUAUACUUGAAUGCGACUCUGUAUCGUCCUUACUUGCGAGAUCCUCCAUGCCGGGAACGCUACUACGAAGCAUUCGAAUGGCUUAUGCGUGACUUGGGUGGUCGUCCUCACUGGGCAAAGAACUUUACUACUUUGGCGUCGGCUCAAGACAUACGCGAAAUGUACGGAGACGAGAUGGAUCAAUGGCUCAAAGUGCGACAAGAAGUCGAUCCCGACGGGCUGUUUGUCGGUGAAUGGCAUAGGCGAAACUUGUUAUUGACGUCUAGCUACGAGUCGAAGACGACGGAAUCAGAAGACGCUCUCCUCUCUCUGGGCGAAAGACGAGAAAUGGUACGCAAAUUCGGCCGCCGCGGAGCAGGAGAUGGUCUGGAAUGGAUUGGUGAUCGUCGCUGGGAGCGCGAACCGCCUGCUUCUCUGCUCAAGGAGGCUCCUGUCGCUGACUCUCCAAGUCCGCCAAUGACUACCACGAGCGAAGAGAGUUUUGAUCUUCUGGCUCACGGCGAGGCUAGUAUUCUGAUUUCGGAUAAACAUUAA